CCUGCGCCUAUCCGGAGCCUGUGCCUCCUCCGAACCAAUCAGUGGAGCGGCUAAGGCGCCGCUUCUUCCGUGCCCCGCCCCUUGGCUACCGGAUGUGUGAUGUGGCUCGCGGCGCUGCGUAACUAUGUCUGCAAUCUUCAAUUUUCAGAGCCUACUGACAGUAAUCCUUCUGCUUAUAUGUACCUGUGCAUACAUAAGAUCAUUGGCUCCCAGGUUACUGGAUAAUAAUCAAACUGGAUUAUUGGGCAUAUUCUGGAAGUGUGCCAGGAUUGGCGAGCGGAAGAGCCCUUAUGUAGCUGUGUGCUGUAUUGCGAUGGCCUUCAGUAUUCUAUUUAUACAGUAAAAAUGGGGAAAUGUCAGGAAUAUAUUUGUCAAGCGCAUACGGAAUAAAAGACUCGGGGAAAACAGAAGAGAUGAAAAAUAUGUUCUACACUUCACUUUCUUUGUUAAUGCUGGACAAGAUACACCUUUGACAAUUUGUUUCCAUAUUUCAGUUAGGGGAGCAGUGGUGUAUUAAAUUAUAAAAAUGCAGUUAUUAAUUAACACUGUCAUACUUCUGCCGAAUUCUUUUAUGUGAACUGUAUUCUGAAUUUCAGAUGAGACAUUUUAAGAUGGACAAAGUAGAAACCUCUCUUUGAGAAUUGAAUUGCUAUUAAAAUACAAAACCUUUUAAAAAGUUUAUAUUUUUUGCAACAACUUUUGAUUUUAAAAAUAUAAAAUCACAAGGAUAGAAUUCCAGUGUCACAUUAGCAAACAUGAUUGGGCUUCUCCUUCUCCUUCCCCAAUGGCCCCUGUGCCUUCUCCAGUCUUUUCUGGAGGAUUCCCACAACAUGAAAAUGCAGGAGGAAGGAGACGAACGAGAAGUGCUGUUUGCAUGAGCGCCUGUCUUUUGUGCAAGCAGGAUGCCAAAGCUGGAUAUCACCUUGAAACAAUAAAAUCUUAAAAGCAUAGGCAGAGACAAAGUAAAAUCAGAUCAAUAUUGUACCAUUAUCAAUAAGAGUGGUGGUGUAAUAAGCAGAGAUUGAGGUAAAGCAGGGAUAUAUGCAAAAGUUCAAAACAAUGUUUCAGAUUAGAAGCACAUUAAAUUUGUGAUUAAUUGUUUUAUACACACACACAGGCACACAUAUAACUACAGGUUGAAAAUAUUUUUAAAUUAGUUGUUAAAAUACCUGUAAAAUAAAAGAAAUACAUUUUACAAAGAUUGAAUCCUGUUCGCAAUUACUUCAGGCAAACGCUGCUCUGUAUUAAAGUCAACACUUAACAAUCAAGUAUUUUUGGUUUAUUCUGAUUUUUUAAAAAUAAACAUUUAUAUAAUAACGUGCUGUGUGCUUAUGAUCUCUGCAGGCUAUUAAAUUCUGAAACUUGUCUUGAAUGUAUGAGAAAUAUAUUUGUUUCUCCUAUUAUGAAAUCCAGAACUUUUCCUGAAACCUGGCUUUUAUAUUCAUUCAGUAGUUGUAUCUGCUGGAAUAUUCACUACAGCUCAUACAAAAAUUCAGAAAGGAACAAUUGAUACUACUGGCUUAUUUAUGAACUGAGCUUUUAUAAUCUGGCCAUCCUAUUUCUGCUUAGCUAUCUUUAUAUUAGGGCUACUGUAAACAACAACAACCAGAAACCCUCUGGAUUUUGUGCUUAUUUAACAAGUAAUGCUAAUAUCCUUGGACCUUCAAGUGUAUUUUUGUACUCAGUGAUGUGUUCAGUUUCUUACAACCUUCUGACAAUUCUCUUUACAAUACGUUAUGUUAUAUUUUUCAAAAUUACAGUAAUUGUAUAAAUAACAGGAUGAACAAGCGCAGAAUUAAAGAAAGGUCAUUGUUGAGCAGUUGUUGCUAAA